GAUCAAUUUAUCGUUGAUUUCGACAUUUAUAUCACAAAUAAUCAUAUCAAAUAGUGAUAAAUACACAUUUAAAUCAUACGAGGAAACAUUUUCCAAUUUCAGAUUACGAUAUAUACUUCAUCAGUUGAACAGUGGACAGUUACCUUUGGAGGAUCUCAAGAAAAACAUCGAAUAUGCUGCGCUCGUUCUUGAGACGGCUUAUAUGGAUGAAACUAGAAGAAUAUGCGAUGAGGACGAUGAUUUGGCCGAGGUGACUUCAGAGAGUGUACCGGAUGAGGUACGAGAGUGGCUUGCAGCCACUUUCACUCGUCAGAAUGUUCCGUCGAAACGCGAAAAACCCAAAUUCAAGUCUGUCGCGAAUGCGAUCCGAACCGGAAUCUUCUUUGAUAAAAUGUUUCGAAAAUCACAAGCUGUUUUUGCACCGAUUCCACCUGAGAUUGCUGCGUUGAUGCGGAACGUGGACAGUUGGUCGUUUGAUCCGUUCAAAGUGAACGAAGUCUCGGACGGUCAUGCGCUGAAAUAUGUCGGAUUUGAACUGUUCAAUCGAUAUGGCUUUCUUGAACGGUUUAAGAUACCGUAUCAAACACUCGAAAAUUAUCUAUUGGCAUUGGAAGCUGGUUACAGUAAGCAUAAUAAUCCAUAUCAUAAUAUUGUGCAUGCUGCAGACGUUACACAAUCGUCGCAUUUUAUGUUGUCACAAACUGGACUCGCGAGCAGUUUAACCGAUUUGGAUUUAUUGGCAGUAAUAUUCGGAGCACUUAUACAUGAUUAUGAACAUACUGGGCACACCAAUAACUUUCACAUACAGUCUGGAUCAAAUUUCGCAAUGCUCUAUAACGAUAGAAGUGUUCUUGAGAAUCACCACGUAAGCGCAUGUUUUAGACUGUUGAAGGAUGGGGACAGGAAUAUUUUGGAAAGACUUACAAAGGAAGAGUACAGGUGUGAAUUCUUUCAUAAAUAA